GCUUAAACGGCUAAACCCCAGAUCUGAACUUCGAAGCUUGAACCCUUACAACAAUGGCGAAUCGAUUACUUCAAUUAUCAAUCUUUACUCUUCUUAUCAUCUCAAUCACAUUCUCUCACGCCAUUUCCAAAGAAUCAAACACUGAUGACCUCGACGAAGAUCUCAGUUUUCUCGAGCUAGAUGACGACGAAGACAGCGAAGUACAUUCUCAUUCACCUCUCCACACAGAUCCGCAUAACUCCGAUGUAGACGAUGACGCCGAUUACGACGAUGCAGAUUUCGAAAAUUACGACGACUUUGAGGUCCCACCCAGUUUAGACCACGAGCUAAUAAACGUGGACGAGAAGGAUGUCGUCGUUUUAAAGGAGAGGAAUUUCAGUGACUUCAUUGAAAAUCAUAGGUAUGUUAUGGUUGAAUUUUACGCUCCCUGGUGUGGACAUUGUCAAUCUCUAGCGCCGGAGUAUGCGGCGGCUGCUACUGAACUCAUGGGAGAGGAGGUGAAGCUUGCUAAGGUUGAUGCGACGGAGGAAAAUGAUUUGGCUGAGGAGUAUGAAGUUCAGGGAUUUCCUACUGUUUAUUUCUUCAUAGAUGGUGAACACAUGACUUAUACCAGUCAAAGAACAAAAGAAGCAAUUGUAACUUGGAUAAAGAAGAAAAUAGGACCAGGUGUGUACAACUUAACCACAAUCAAAGAUGCAGAGCGUGUAUUGACUUCUGAGAGUAAAGUUGUCGUGGGCUUCCUUGAUUCUUUGGUGGGUCCUGAAAGUGAGGAGCUUGCUGCCGCGUCUAAACUUGCUGAUGAUGUCAACUUUUACCAAACCACAAUUCCUGAUGUGGCCACAGUUUUCCACAUAGACACCAACUCUAAACGCCCUGGUUUGGUCUUGCUGAAGGAGGAGGCAGAAAAAUUGAGUUAUUUUGAUGGCAAUUUUACCAAGUCUGAAAUAGCUGAAUUUGUGAUUGCCAACAAGAUUCCUCUAGUCACCAUUUUUAGCAAAGAAAGUGCGCCUAUGAUUUUUGAGAGUUCUAUAAAGAAACAGAUAUUGCUCUUUGCCCCCUUAAAUGAGUCAGAAAAGGUUAUUCAAACUUUUGAAGAUGUUGCUAAAUCUUUCAAGGGGAAGCUUAUAUUUGUGUAUGUGGAUAUUGAUAAUGAGGAAGUUGGCAAGCCAGUGGCGGAUUAUUUUGGUAUCACUGGCAAUGCUCCAAAAAUUAUCGGAUAUGCAGUAAAUGAUGAGGCUAGGAAAUUUGUGUUUGAUGGUGAAGUAGCAGUCGGUACUAUCAAGGAUUUUGCGGCAAAUUUCCUGGGAGACAAACUUAAACCCUUUUACAAGUCUGACCCAAUUCCUGUGAAUAAUGUUGGGAAUGUGAAAGUAGUGGUUGGAAAUAAUUUUGAUGAAAUUGUCUUGGACGAAUCUAAAGAUGUUCUUCUUGAGCUCUACGCGCCAUGGUGUGGGCACUGUCAAGCUCUAGAACCCACGUUCAACAAACUUGCAAAGCAUCUUUCUGAAAUUGAUUCUCUCGUCAUUGCGAAAAUGGAUGGUACGACAAAUGAACAUCCUAGGGCAAAGGCCGAGGGAUUCCCACGUUCUUUUCUUUCCAGCUGGAAACAAGAGUUCAGAUCCAUUGUAGUGGAUGCUGAACGAACCGUGGUCUCUCUGUACAAAUUUAUCAAGAAACAUGCAUCUAAGCAGUUCAAGCUUCCUCGACCAGAAUCAACAUCAAAACCCGACAUUAAUCCCAAAGACAUCGUCACUAGUAAUGAUGCCAAAGACGAGCUCUGAAAAUAUGAACUGGUAAACCAUCAAAAACCGAAGUUUUACUACUAAAUAGAAUCCACUCAGUUCCUAGAGAAAGUUCAAUAGAAUUGAUUAUAGCGAAAACAUUUCAAUUAUUGGUUAUUGAAUCUCUAGAACAUUAGGGUAUUAAUUAAUGUGUAUUACUAUUUAUUUAAGUCCUGUUUGUGUUUUAAUGAUAUUUGGUGGGUCUGUCUAUUAUUGGCAGUUGAGUUGAUCUAAUUUCUUACCAGUUA